AUGAUAAGUUCAUAAGAAAAAUAAAGAUUAUUACAAGAAAAAAGACAAAAGAUAGAAGCGUAAUAAUUAUUAAAAUUAUUUAAGUAUUAAAUAACAGCAACUUUAAUAAUCCACAUCGAUUGCUCCUGUUACUUAACCUUAAUAGUAAGUCAUUUAACCUUAAGCAAAUAUUGAAAACAAUUAAUCUUUUCAAUAAGACCAAUCUACUUAAGGUUAAGCUGUCAUUGCACCUCCAUAAUAGUCUGAUUUAAUAAGUUUAUAUUUACAGACAAAGCGAAAAAAAUUAGGGUUUUAGACAAUAGAAAUGUAUUCUAACAACCCUGCUCCUCCUUAGGCAGAAGUUAUUACAAUAGAAUUUGGUGUACAAUGUGAAUUUGAAAUACCUUAAAAAAAGCAGGAAAACGAAGAUUAAGUAAUUCCAUUGAUGGAGAAUGUCAGAAGAGAUUCCAGAAAGAAAAGAGAAGUAUUAUAAAGUGCUGAAAAACCAGUAGAAAAAGUAGAAAAGAAUAUAUCAAUGGAAGAAAUAAAUUCCAUCAUUCAAUCACAAACAUUCUAGAGAUUUUUUUCAAGAAGUUCAAAAACUAUAGAAAAAGCUAUUCAUGGAGCAGGAGUAGAUGUUUUAGAGGAUUUAAUGAACACAUAAUCUGUAACUUAAGAAAUAGGCAAGGAUAAUUUAACAAAAUUGCUUUCAUUUAGUGACAAAUUAUAUACAGAUAAUAGAGUUGUAACAUCAAUAUAAUGGUCACCUAAUUUACCAAAUACAUUUUUAGCUGCUUAUUCCUAAAAUGAAGAAGGAUCAAUAACUGAUUAAGUAGGAGUAGCACUUUUAUGGUCAUUACAAUUAAAAUCCAGACCUGAAUUUUAUUGUUUUGCAAGUAGUCCUAUAACAUCAGCCUGUUUUCAUCCUUUUAGUCCUAAUAUAGUUUUAGGAGGAUUAUAUAAUGGUUAAGUAGUUGUGUGGGAUUUAAGAGCAAAACAUACACCUGAGAAGAGAUCAACCUUGAAUAGUGGUGGACAUAGUUAUCCUAUUUAUGGAUUAAGUAUUGUUGGAUCAUAAAAUGCAAACAAUAUAAUAUCUGCAUCAAAUGAUGGAAGAAUUUGUAUAUGGAAUUUAGCUUAAUUUAAUUAACCAUAAAAAAUAAUUGAUUUGAAAACCAAAAACAAAUAAUAAACAAGCAACCCUUAAGUAGAAGUUAAUACAACAUGUAUGGUAUUCCCUUAAGGAGAUGCCAAUAAUUUCUAUGUUGGUGCUGAAGAUGGAUGUGUUUACAAAUCAAAAUUACAUCAAAAUACAAAUGAAAAUAUUGUCAUUCCAUUUGAAGAACACUUGGCUCCAGUUAGUGGAAUUUCAUUAAAUUCAUCACCAUAAGCCACACCAAUAAUUUCUAAUUUGCUUUUAAGUAGUUCUUUUGAUUGGACUUGCAAAUUAUGGAAUACAAGAACUUAAUAAGAAUCCAAAUGUUUAGCAACUUUUGAAUCUUCAGAAGAUUAUGUAUAUGAUGUUUAAUGGAAUGGAUAACAUCCUACAUUAUUUUCAACUGUUGAUGGUGAAGGUUAUGUUGAUUUAUGGGAUUUGUCAUAUGACUUAGAAGCACCUAUUACAAGAUAUAAAUCUGGAAAUAAUUCUAUCAAUAAAUCUUAAUGGUCUAAAGAUGGGACUAAAAUAGCUAUUGGAGAUUCUUUUGGAGAAAUAUAAAUUUUGUAAUUAUCUUAAAAAGUUUUAUUAUUGUUUUUUAUAUAUUUUAGGCCCAAAAAGUUGACCAUGAGAGAUUAGCGAAAUUAGAGUAAUGGAUUAAAAGUGAUAAAUGA